GUUCACCAACCUCGAUUCCUCUCUUUUCAAGAAUUCGUAGAAAGCAGUAGCGCAGCUGUCUGCUGCAGAACUUUUUCUCUGGUUUUGGUCUGAACUCGCCUAGACUCGUCAUGGAUUUCUUGCAUCAGCAACUCGCUCUUGUACAACAACAACUCGCAUUCGUCGCUGUCGAGCCAAUAGACUGGAAAUACUACGUUCAGCUCUUUUCAUGGGGUGUCUGCCUGUUUGAAUCAUACCUGGUGCUUCGCCAAUACCCGCUGUACUCUAAAACAGCCCCUCCUCCUGUGCUGGCUGAACACUUCAGUGAGGAAGAUUUUCACAAGUCUCAAGUAUAUGGAAAAGACAAAGCAAAAUUCGCCCUUGUAUCUGGGUUGUACAAGCAAGCUGUUGACUCCUUGAUGCUUCAUUACGGUCUUUUCGCUUGGGCCUGGGAUUGCGGAGGUCAAAUCGUCACGAAACUGGGAUACAGCUCCGAGUAUGAGAUUCUUCAAUCAAUCGCAUUCGUAUGCGUUGUGUUCUUCGUAUCCUCAAUUCCCAGCAUACCCUUUUCGAUCUACCAAACAUUCUUCUUGGAAGAGAAACAUGGAUUCAACAAGACCACUCCUGAAUUAUUUUUCGCUGACCUGCUGAAAGGUUGGGCUAUUGGUUUUGUGAUCGGUGCACCUUUCUUGGCGGCUUUCCUCUAUGUGUUCAAGUGGGCUGGAGACCGCUUUGUUCCUUGGUUGAUGGGCUUCUUGAUCUCAUUCCAAAUGAUCAUGGUUAUCGUUUACCCCACGGUAAUCCAGCCAUUGUUCAACAAGUUGUCCCCUCUUCGCGAGGGCGAGUUGCGAACCCGGAUCGAGGCUCUUGCCGCCAAGCUGAAGUUCCCUCUGAAGUAUCUCUACGAGAUCGAUGGAUCCAAACGAAGCUCCCACAGCAAUGCCUAUUUCUUCGGUUUACCCUGGGCCAAACACAUCGUCAUUUUCGAUACUCUCAUCAAACAAAGUACCCCUGGAGAAGUCGAAGCUAUCCUUGCUCACGAGCUCGGUCAUUGGUACUACAUGCAUCCUGCUAAGCUUCUCCUGGUUUCCCAGGUCCACAUCUUCACGAUCCUGGCUCUGUUCCCCGCUUUCAUGCAUGCGCCGCAAGUUCUGAGAGCAUUCGACUUCCCAGAAAAAGUUGCAGUGACGCCACCUACCAUCAUCGCCUUCCUUCUUUUCCAGAUGAUUCUCACGCCUCUCGAAGCUAUCGUCGGAACCGCCAUGAACGCUAUCAGCCGCAAGUUCGAGUAUGAAGCUGAUCGGUUUGCAGUGGAGCUGAAAGACAAAAUCAAGUCUGAGGACGCGCAGGAUCUUGGUGACAGGCUCGGAAAGGCUCUGAUCGCCAUCCAUGUGAAGAACCUGUCCACUGUUUGGGUUGAUUGGCUAUAUUCAGCAUACCACCAUUCUCACCCUACUCUCACGGAACGACUCAAGGCACUAGAGGGCUUCAAGUCAACAGCGACGAAGAAAGAACUGUAAAUGUAGAAUGGAGACAACGUAUCUUGUAUCUUCCAUGUGUUCUUUCUCGCUAUUGCCGUUUGAUAUCCUGCUCUGAUGUUAUAUGUCAGGGUAAUCAAGGACCAUAUUUACCUCUGAACUGCCAUCUUGCCAAGCCGACAUUUGGUCGAUUUUGGUUCCUGUGCGCAGGUGGUCUGAUGGGCUCAUGAAGGCCAUCAUCUUGGUUGUAUCUGCGCUUUUAUCUCUUCUCAUCAGCAAGGUCUAGUCCAGCUCUCGUCCGAUGUCUCAAGGUUCCCAAAUACUUUUGAUUCUCCACCUAUCGUGACCUUAGUCACUAGCUUUGAUCCCUGUGUUGCUUGCUUGUGUUCCGCCUGUCGACUUCCGUUGGAGUAAUAUCUCUUGACUGUUCUGCU